CAGGGAGCAAGAAGACAUCUGGUUGAAGUGUGCAUUUCCACCGAAGAGAUUCAGACAGCGGAUUCCCACGGCAUAAGAAACGCAAUUUUUAUUUAUUAAAUAUGGCGGCCAAAAGUGGAGAGCCGAACCAUGAAGACAGUAUUAGUGCGACUGCUGUCGUCAGCGAAGCAAGAUGUCUUCGCGAAUUUGUGAAAGAAAUCGCUCCAAGUAUUACUGUUGAUAAUCUGAAAGCGAUGAAACGGUUUCUGCGAGAUGUAAUCUCGUUGAAUGUUGGUGUUGAAUCUGACUCCGGGGGAGAGCUCAUGGCCACUCUUACGACUUGUCAUUGUGUGAACGACUACGAUUUGGAUCUUUUGGAAUAUUUACUUGGUGUAACUGGAAGGAAUGAUAAUUUAAAUACGCUGCGGGAGUUUAGGAGGAAAUGCUCUCCAACUCUGGGCAGUAUCCCGGAAGAAAGAAUCAGCGAAAUCUCUCCAGCAGAGGGAAGAGCAAUAGUGUCUUUCAUUUUAAAUGAAAGUUUCCAGGACAUUACUUUGCAUAAAGCCCUUUCCUUUAAGAAGAGCCUAUGCAAGCAUUUGAAGUUGAUACCGGCUGAGUUCACUUUUGUUACAACAGUGAAGAUUCCACGAAAGCAUCUGGUGUUUCAGUUGCCUUCAGAAGUGCUCCCUUUUCUGCGGCAUUGUACUGGAUGGAGAAAGGAGUGGCUGUUUUCGCUCAAUGUCAGUGGUGUACAGGUCUCUGGAGAAGAUGAAAUUUCAGUUCAUGAACUGAAAAUAUCUCAACUUAGAUUGCAAGAAGAUCCAGUUCUGGUGUCUCCUGUGUUGCGAGUAAGUGAAGCUGCAAGGACAGGUGAUGUCCCAGAAUUGAAAAGAGUUCUUGACGCAGAAACCAUAACUAAACGAGAUUUUCUGCUCAAAACCCGCACUGAUGGAGCGACACCUUUGAUUAUAGCUGCAAGGAAUGGUAACACUGCAAUUGUCCAGUGCCUGCUUGAUGAGUAUGAUGUAGACUUGGAGCAAGAGGGCACCGUCAAAAUCGACGGAGAUCUGAUUGAAUGUUGCACACCAUUAUGGAUGGGGUCUCUAGGAGGUCAUUUAGCAAUUGUGAGGUUGUUAUUGGAGCGAGGGGCUGAAGUGAAUCAUACAACAUUGACUAACUCCACCCCACUGAGGGCGGCUUCCUUUAAUGGACACACUGAGGUUGUGCGAUGUCUCAUUAAUCACGGCGCAGACGUGAACAAGCGAAACCAGGAUGGAAACACUUGUAUUAUGGUGGCUUGUUGGAACGGACAUCUUGAUACGUUUAGGUUACUACGGACAUCGGGAGCCAACAUGGAAGUACAGGACAAUCAAGGUUUCUCGAUGAUUCAUUGCGCUACAGCUGCCAAUAAUCUAACUCUCCUUCAAGAGCUCCUUCCGGUACCGAAUACUGAGGCGGUGAACGCGAAAACCUCGGAAGGUAUUACUCCGCUGAUGUUGGCUUGCGAAAAAAAUCACCCCGAUGUUGUUUUAUUGUUGUUACAAAAGGGCGCUGCAGUGGAUGAAAGGUCUGACAAAGGUCUUACUGCGGCUCAUUUUUGCGCACUGUCAAACGAUAUUAAUAGUCUGCAUCAUCUUAUAGACUAUAAAGCAGAUCUGAGCAAGGCCACGGAGCGAGGCAGUACCCCCUUAAUGCUGGCCUGCGCGAAAGGCUAUGUCUCUAUAGUAACUGCCUUGCUUAGAAACACUUGUAAGUCCAAGUUGAAGAACGAGAUUACUUCAGCCCUAAAGCUCCGCAACUUGACAGGACAACCCAGCUGCCUGGGGCUUCUGGCAACGCCGAAAGGGAUGGAUAUAAAUGCUGGGAACGAAAAUGGAGAGACCUGUUUGAUGAUGGCCUGCGAGAAAGGAAGCGUGGAGAUCGUAAGGAUUCUCCUUGAUGAAGGAGCUGACCCAAACGGCGCCGACCAGAACGGUGUGACCCCUCUGAUGAUCUGUUGCAGGCGAGGUCAAGAGAGGAUUAUACCCCUGUUGUUGAGGAAGGGUGUGCUUGUGGACCAAAAGAACAAUGAAGGAGACACCGCUUUGCACAUUUGUGUGCGGCAUUACCGCGAGUUUAGCGGUCACAAGAAGUGUUUGGAGCAACUGCUUAGUACUGGCGUGUGUUUAGAUAUGAAGAAUUCUUCAGGCGACUCACCAGUCACAGUUGCUCUCAAAAACAUAAAGUGGUGCGGGCAGGCGUUUGAAAUGUUACACAGUAGGGGACUGGAACUCAGUAGCCCACUUCAAGACACCAAUGGCGACACAGUUUUCCAUAAAUGUGCGAGAUCUGGUGACGUCUCGUCUAUGACCUUUCUGUUGGCCCUGGACAACAAAGGACCCUUGCAAAAGAACCAAGAUGGCGACACGGCUCUCAGAGCAGCAGCCUUAGAAGGCGCCGAGGCAAUGACGCGCACUCUCAUCAACACGGUCAGUGGGUUCUCACUUAGGGACAAGGUGGAGGCUCUUGAGUUGUUAGGUGUCGGUGUAUUGGCUAAAGAGAUAUCACGUGAUUGGGACAUAUCUGCCGUGGUGGGUUUCUGGCAGGAAGCUCUAACGCUUCGUCGCACCCACAGUCUUACGCUCCCAAACAUCGUUCCUCGCGAGUUUCCGCUGGAGUACUUUUUGGAAGCCAGGCUACCCAGCGAUCUGACUGCGUUCGAGUCAAAUCCGAGCGCGGUCACUGCGCAGGCGCUGCAAAUUUGUGACCGCGUUUUGGGGGAUACCCAUUCACGCCUGCCCUCCCUCCUGGGGACCAUCGGCGAACGAUUUGCGCAAAUAGGCGAGUUUUGUCGCAGUUUAAAUAUUUGGCUGUACGUUUUAGAGAUUCAACUCAAAUCCCUUUCUUCUUUACCAGACGGGGUUGAAGACUUGCUUAAUACUUUCCGCUGUUUCGCUGAUGCGUUUGGUUUUGUUUUGAGCCGAAGUGGGAGUGUCUUGCAUUUUAAAACCGUCUAUCAAGUCAUUAAAAGUGCGUUGCAAGGUUUCAAAACAUGCCCUGCAGUAUACGAAUCACGUGAUAAGAUGAUGGUCUAUCUCCUUCACUAUUUGUCUGCCUUACUAGAAGUUGCGUCGGACGAUCGUGAUGUAGAGGUUGUCAUGGAGACAGUCAAAGCGGUUGCGUGGUUGGGCUUGCGCAGCACAACAGGGUCAACUCUUCUCCACCUUGCCGCAAACUCUAAAAGUGAAGACAUUAGCUCUCUUAAGGAACACCUUCACUUUCCGAGCCGCCGCGUUUGUGAGCUUUUGAUGGACAGCGGUAUUGAUCAGAACGCUUUAGAUAGCGACAGGAACACCGCACUUCAUAUACUUCUCACCAAAGGGCACGCUGAAAAAGAUGUGUUGGCUUGCUUUUUAAAAGCAAGGCCGCAUUUGGACGCGAAAAAUUCGUCAGGGAAAACAGUCCUUGACUUGGCGCGGUGCAAAAAGGUCAGGGGUGUUGUCAGGGCCGCUGAACGAGUUCCUGGUCUACAAUGUCUCGCGGCCCGAGAGAUUAUACGAGAAAAGUUGCAGUACGAGGGUAUAGUUCCAAAGAGAUUAGAAACAUUUAUACAGCUACAUUAGCUCAACGGAUGUUAUACAUUUAAACUGCGUGUAUCAACUCACAGAAACAAAUAUUAAAACAUUUCGUAACGCCUCAAUUGGGACUCGAGUGUACUGUUGCCAAAAGUGCCUCAGGCUAGUCACGUGAGGCAAAUCAUCAGGCAAUCACCUGGUGAAGUGAAAAGAACAAUUACCAAUUUCCGAAUUACCAAGCGUUGGAAGUGUGUAUCACACGAUCAGACAAGAAGUGCCAGAAAGGUUCACGCGCGGACUUGCCUGACCUGUAUUUUGUAAAGAAUAAUUGUCGUUUGAGACACAACCUUAAAAAGAAAAGCUAUGUCGUCCUUAGUCCUGAAUAAAAUGAUGACAGAUUUAUAGAAAUCAAAGUAUCUAUUUCUCAGCUGAACUUUGACUUGGAAAUAAAUCGAUUUGAUUUGAAAAUGAAUGUUACUAUUAGUUAAAAUAAACGUUGACUAAGCUUUAAAAAGUUAAA